AUGCACUCAACGAAAUGUCGUCGAAAUAUAUUAAAACAAGAACGUGGAAAUCUGCGGAAGAAAAAAGAAAAUACUGAAAGUUUACAAUAUUUUUCUAACUGCGGCCUUGAUAUUGAUGCUAACAAUAAUGAAGAUAUUCAAAAUGAUGAAGAGAUUGCCGAUUCAUUGCAAUUAGCAGUAAAAAUUGAAGGACGGACGUUUUCGCAAUACAUUGAACCGACGCAAGCUAUAGCUGCUGCUGUUUCCGCUGUGAAUGGUUUAAAAGCGAUGGGCAACGAAUUAUAUUUAAAUGAUUGUAACGUAUCAAGGAUUUCAUUGAAAGAAGCUUCACAAAAAUUUAAAGAAUUUCUGUUGAUGUCUACCAAGCCAUCAGUUUUGGUAGCACAUAACGAAAAAUUUGAUGCGAAACACUUGAUUCGAGCGAUCAUGCAAAGUGGUAUGGUUGAUGACUUCCAAAAAAUUACCGAAUAG